AUGAUUUCGGAUCAAGAUUUAUGUAAAGUUCGCGAUCACUACCCUCCACUCAAAAAUGAUCUUAUUUUACGUGUAGCCCGUGGCCAACAUACCGAAGUUAUUCCCGUGUGGACGAUGAGGCAAGCGGGUCGCUAUUUACCUGAGUUUAGAGAAGUCAGGAGUCAAAAUGACUUUUUCACUGUUUGUAGAACUCCAUCUUUGGCAUGCGAAGUUACUUUACAGCCAAUCAGGAGAUUUAACUUAGAUGCUGCCAUUAUCUUUUCGGACAUUCUAGUAGUUCCUCAGGCUUUAGGGAUGAAUAUUGAAAUGAUACCUGGCAAAGGCCCCAUUUUUACAAGUCCACUCGAAUCUCCAGACGAUUUAAAGGAAUUAGAUAGGAAUAUAGACGUGGAUGAGAGACUUGGCUAUGUCUUUGACGCUAUUACAUUAACUAGACAUAAACUCAAAGGUCAAGUGCCAUUGAUUGGAUUUGCUGGAGGACCUUGGACAUUAAUGGCGUAUAUGAUAGAAGGCGGUGGUAGUUCUACAAUGUCUAAGGCAAAAAAGUGGCUAUAUCGCUAUGAAGAAGCAAGUCAUCAGCUCCUUCGCCUUCUAGUCGAUGUAAUUGUAGAGUAUCUUGUUGGCCAAGUCAAGGCUGGAGCGCAGCUUCUUCAGGUUUUUGAAUCCCAUGCCGGAAUCCUCGGUCCAGAUAUGUUUGAUAAAUACUCCCUAACUUAUUUGCAGCAAAUAUGUCAAAAAGUAAAGCACAACUUGGAAGCAGCUAAACUUGAGGUUGUGCCUAUGAUUGUGUUUGCCAAGGGAGCGCAUUAUGCGCUUCAUCAGUUAUCUAACAUUGGUUAUGACGUAGUUGGUAUGGAUUGGACAAUUGAUCCUGAAGUAGCAAGAAAUAAAAUAGGCCAUGAAGUAACAAUUCAAGGCAAUCUUGAUCCAUGUACUUUGUAUGCUAGCAAGACUGAACUCGAAGAAAAAAUACAAAAGAUGGUUAAAAAAUUUGGCGCUCAACGUUACAUUGCUAAUUUAGGACAUGGAAUUUAUCCAGACGCUGAACCAGCGCAAUUAGAUUUUUUUGUAAGAACCGUACAUGAAUAUUCCAAAAAACUUACAAACACCUAA